AUGGCGUCCGUUGCGAUAAUCGGGUCCACCGGUAUGGUGGGUUCCCAUAUCCUGAGCACCCUUCUCGCACAUCCUUCCAUCUCACGCAUCGAUUCUAUUACCAGGCGGACACCACCCGCAGCCUCCGCCGCUCCUCCUGCUAAGCUAACCACCAUCGUCGAUGCCGAUACUUCUCGAUGGGCCUCUCAGCUCUCUUCCCUUACUCCACCACCCUCAAUAUUCUUCUCCGCUUUUGGUACAACACGCGCUGCAGCUGGCGGUUUUGAGAACCAGUAUAAGAUAGAGCAUGGCCUGAACGUGGAGAUGGCGCGUGCUGCGCGCGAUGCCGGCGUGAAGGUGUACGUCCUCAUCUCUUCAAGCGGCGCGAGCAAAACCUCUUCCAUCCCCUACUCGCGCAUGAAGGGUGAAAUUGAGGAGGAUGUAAAAGCGCUCGGUUUCGAAAAAACCGUUAUCCUGCGACCAGGCCUGAUCUCUGGUCAACGCGAAGAGAGCCGGCCCACCGAGGCGGUGUUCCGAUUCAUUGCUGGCGUCGCAGGCAAGGUGCACUCCGCCCUUAAAGACACUUGGGCCCAAGACUCAGAUGUUAUCGCCAAGGCUGCGGUUAAUGCAGGUCUUAAAGCUCUAGAAGGGGACGUUCCCUCCGGCAACGAGAAGGUCUGGGUGCUUGGAGGAAGUGACAUCAUCCGCCUGGGGCGGACAGAGUGGAAAGAUCCCGCAUAA